AUGGCGAUCAGGAAUCUAAUUCAAUUAGGAUUCAUUAAACUGAACAAUGAUGUUCAUGAGCUAACUUAUGAAGGUAGGUACUUGGCAAGAAUGGGGAUUGAACCUAGGCAUGGUAAACUUAUUCUUGGCUGUUUCCAACUUGCUCUGGGCAGAGAAGGUGUUGUCCUUGCUGCCAUGAUGGCCAAUGCUAGUAACAUAUUUUGCAGAUUUGGUAAUGAAGGUGAUAAGCAAAGAUCUGAUUGUCUCAAAGUGCAAUUUUGCCAUUCUGAUGGUGACCUUUUUACACUUCUCUCUGUGUACAAAGAAUGGGAGGCUCUGCCUCAAGAGAGGAGGAAUAAGUGGUGUUGGGAAAAUAGCAUCAAUGCUAAAUCUAUGAGGAGAUGCCAAGACACAGAUUUCGAGUUAGAAUCUUUUCUAGAGCGUGAACAUGGCUUUGUUGUUCCAAGUUACUGGCGUUGGGAUCCUCAUACACCUUCUGUUCAUGAUAAGAAUAUGAAAAAGGUUAUACUGGCCUCACUUUCUGAAAAUGUAGCCAUGUUUUCUGGACGCAAUCAACUUGGUUAUGAAGUAGCGCAAACUGGACAACAUGUUCAACUGCAUCCAUCUUCUUCCUUGCUCGUGUUUGCUCAGAAGCCUAGUUGGGUGGUUUUCGGUGACCUUCUCUCAGUGUCUAAUGAAUAUCUAGUCUGUGUUAGUGCUGUUGAGUUUCAAUCAUUAUAUGACCUUCAACCCCCUCCCUCGUUUGAUGUAUCCAAGAUGGAAGAAUGGAAGUUGCAAACUAAGACAUUGACUGGUUUUGGCACUAUUCUUCUCAAAAGAUUUUGUGGGAAAUCCAACAGUAAUUUGCUUGGUCAUGUUUCACUUAUUAGGAAAGCUUGUUUGGAUGAAAGAAUCUUUGUUGAAGUGAAAGUUGACGAGAAUCUCAUCCAGUUAUAUGCCGCUUCACACGAUAUGAAUACAGCUACUAUGUUGGUGAGUGAUGUUUUAGAAUACGAGAAAAAGAGGUUACGCACAGAAUGUAUGGAAAAAUGUUUGUAUCACGGGUCUGGUUCUGCAUCACCUAUGGCUUUGUUUGGGUCUGGUGCUGAGAUAAAGCAUCUGGAACUCGAGAAGCAUUCCCUGAGUGUUGAUGUGUAUCACUCAAACAUAAAUGCAAUUGAUGACAAGGAGCUCCUGAUGUUUUUUGAAAAGAAUACCUCAGGUUCUAUAUGUGCUGUGUACAAGUUCCAAGGAAUGGGGAAGGAUCCUCCAGAUAGAGAAAAGUGGGGCAAGAUAACAUUUUUGUCCCCUGAUGCUGCCAAAAGAGCCGUUGAGCUGGAUGGAGACGAGUUUUGCGGCUCGAACUUGAAAAUACUUCCUUCACAAUCAGCUAUGGGAGGGGAUAAAACAUUUUUAUUUCCUGAAGUUAAAGCAAGAAUUUUCUGGCAUCGCAGACUUAGCAGAGGAUUUGGCAUAGUUAUAUGUGAUAAAAAUGAUGUCAAUUUCAUGUUGAGAGAUUUUUAUAACCUUGCAAUUGGAGGGAGGUAUGUUCGUUGUGCACCUAGUAAUAAGUCAAUGGACGGUAUUAUGAUAAGUGGGCUUGACAGAGAGCUUCAAGAAACAGAAAUUUUGGAUGUACUAAGAAAUGCUACAAGUAGAAGGAUUCUGGACUUUUUUGUGGUGAGGGGAGAGGCUGUUGGAAAUCCACCCUGCAGUGCCUGCGAAGAGGCACUCUUUAAAGUAAUUUCCCCCUUAAUGCCCAAGGUAGACCCUCAUAUUAGUUCUUGCCGUGUUCAGGUAUUUCCACCUGAGCCAAAGGAUUCUUACAUGAGAGCUUUAAUUAAUUUUGAUGGAAGAUUACAUUUAGAAGCAGCUAAAGCUUUGGAAGAAAUUGAAGGAAAGGUAUUACCCGGAUGUCUUUCAUGGCAAAAGAUAAUGUGUGAACAGUAUUUCAUAGCUCCUUGA